AUGCGCGCCGUUUCGCGCGUGCACGUUUGUAUCGCGUGCACGCUAGCUUCAUUCGCGUGCACGCCGGGUCCGCGCGCACGCUAUACACCGCGCAUGCGUCUGGUCCCCAUGAGGCAGUUACAGUGCCUCCUACUCCGGAGUAGCUUCCGGGUUUGUGCCGCGCAUGCGCAGUUAACGAGCAAUGAAUUCGCUCGUUUUGAGCAUGCGCGGAUAGGCGGUGACGUCAGAUAUGACGUCACACGCCUAUUUAAGCGCCAAAGUUGA